AUGACAUCCCCUUUCUCCUAUUUUAUUGUCAUUUAUGCUGGAAAGAAUGCCGAUACCGAGAUUGCUGAAGCUUUUUUAAAAUUUAGUAAUGACAUGGGAGAAGAUUUUAAUAGGCAACAACAGUUCCCCAACAUUCAGUAUAGCACACUAAUCUCAAUAGUCAUGCGUAGCUUUGAGACACUUAUAGAGAAUCAUGUUGGAGCCAACUUCAAGCCAAAAACGUUGCGUUAUCUCUUUACGAGGCUUUCUGACACAACUGAAUUUCCGAACCACCCUUUCCGAACUGAUGUCAAACGCGACCUAGCUGAACGGGUAUAUAAUGCUAUUUGUACCAAUCAAGAAAUAAUUUACCCUGCUAAUCUGGAAGUUGCCGACAUUCACAAAGUCUCAAUCAACAAUCUUAUUGAUGAAUGCCGCCAAAGACUACAUGGCUUGAACCUGACUGAAGCAGAUUACUAUGCUAAACCUCACUUGUAUUUGCCGUGGUUAUACCAUACAGCAGAAAAAUACCAAGAAGGCAAUCCUGAUAUACAGCAAGCAAAUCAGCAAAAGUGGAAACCGUUAGCCCCUAGAGACAAUGCUGGUGAAGCUGAAAGGUCUACUGUAGUGGCGUUUGGUGGGCUCCGUGGGAAUGUACCUUCUCCAACAAGGGCAUUCAGAAAAGCCUUGCUAAAUUAUGUCAAAUCAACCAGACGCAACCAGCCAAAAUUCAAGAAAGUACGUCGUUAUGAUUGA